AUGCUCCGAGCUCUGCUGCGACGGGCUCGGCCCGCUCAGGUGCAUAUAGAACCGUCAUUGUCGUAUACCCAUAAAGCAGUUCGAACAAUUCGUACUACUGCUAAAGAUCAUAAUACCACUACUGAUACUGCUAUAAAAUACACCCCAAGCAUGCUCGCAGCUUUGUCGCCGGAAAAGUGUGCGUUGAUCCUGAGAUAUACUUCUACAUUGCGCAGCCUGGCAAGAUCUCUUGAGAAUGAAAAUGACCGUGCAAAGAGUUCUCAAAGUACCAAAUACUCACUUCGUGUAGUGCGCACUGUUGCUAUCACCUAUGCUAAAACGAAAACUAUACCACAACCACUCUUAAUCCCAUUUUUGCGUGCACUUCUCUUCAUUCUCACACGAGCAAAACCUUCCAACAUUUUCCAGAUCAACCGUGCACAACGUGCAAUUGAUUUUGCCAUGUGUCUUUUUGAAAAACUUGUCCAUGGGAAACUCCCCGUGCAAACCCUCGUCAUCAAACACAUGCAAGCCUUAGUGCUACACCACGGCUCUGCCCUCAUGCGGCAUCGAUUAGUCAAUGCCUGUCGCCAUAUACCCAUCGGUGCCACUCUUCUUCCGGAGUUUUACUCUCGCCAAGUUCUUUCUUGUGCGUCUUCCGGAGAAAUAGAAGCUGCGCUGCUCAUAAUGGCAGAAGCGGCCGCGGCAGAUGUCGAGCUACCACAUACUUGCAACGAAAUCAUUGCGCAUAGGUUACUCGACCAAGGUGAACUUGACAUUGCCGCUCAAAUCCUGCGUACAAUGCUUGAUAACCCACAAAAUCAGCCCAUUUAUUCGCAUCUCUGGGGUCACUUUGUCGCAGAAGCUGCGGCUCGUGCAAACCAUAAACAUUUGGCCUGGGCAUGGCCCCAUGCUGUUGAUACUGGCGCGGUUAGUCCCAGCGAUAGCACAUACUACACAGCUUUAGAUUUACAAAUUUUCAAUCCGGAAAUCACUCUGGAUCUUGUCCAAGCUUUGUGUUCUCGUGGACAACACCAAGACCCAUUACUUGUGGCCACUGCAGCCGAUGCCCUCGCACGCCAGGGUCUUCCAGAUAUCGCUCUUAAACUUCUCAUUAACUUUGGCCCAGAGGCCUCGCGAGUCCGCAUCUCAGAUGUGCCCUUUCUCAUUUCCGCCAUUGGGGCUUCCCCAAAUGGUCCCACAGUGGCCAUUAAACAAUGCUUCACCGCACUGCAUUCCGAAGAAACAGAUCCCCACGCACAAACUCUUGCAUUUAACGUUGCCAUAGCUGGCAUCCUCCUAUCGCCGACCCCAGAAUCUGCUCGGCUGCUUAUCCGUCAUGUAUUACGCGAUUCACAGCUUCUAACCAAGGGAGUCUCGGAAUCAACAAUAAACUUUAUUGUGCCCAACGCCGACACGCUGGCCGUGCUCUUGGACGCUGCAGGGCGCCUUUCAGUCUCCUUGAGCUCCAGUUCAUUUGACCAGUCUCCUGGACAAGCAAUGCUUGAAGUAUAUACAGAACUUGUUCCUCGGCAGCUCCCGGCCUCCCAUCGCACGCUAGGGGCCCUUAUUUCAGCACUCCUGCGUCUUGGAGACCUGGCCCUUGCUCGUACAGUUAUUUCUGAUAGAGACAUUAUAGACGAUCUGCCCUUAAUCGAGCGCACUUACAUGCACGCGCUUGAAACUGCGGUUUCCGAAGCAGAGCUUGGGGUCCGGCAAGCACGAAGCCAGGCUUAUUCUUCCAAGAAGUUGUUGUAA